AUGAGUGGAUUCCAUUUAAGAAGACGAAAUAUCCACCAACUGGACUGCGGAACACACGGCAGCCGUCAUGGUCUAUUCUCUUGUGUGUGCAAUCCAGGCAAAACAGAUCGCCACCAAUUCUUCGACACAACAAUUUCGACUAAUUGGACAUACGAGGACUACCAUACGUGGUUUGAUUCUCUUAAGGUUAAUUAA